AUGCCUAACACUCGGAUUAAGUCAAGGUGUUUAGAAGAUCUUAACGAUUACGAAAGGCUUCAAGAUAGAUUGGAGUGGGAAGGUUACUCAGAGAUCAAAGUGAAAAGUGAUGGAAAUUGCAAGUUCCGUGCUUUAGCUGACCAGCUUUACAAAACCUCGGAUUGUCAUAAACGUGUUAGACAAGAAAUCGUGAAGCAGCUUAAAUCUCGUCCAAAAUUAUACAAAGGAUUGGUUGGUAAAACCGAUGAAUUCUCCGAGUAUGUAAAGAACAUGUCUAAUGACUCUGUGUGGGGAGAUGAAGUAACGUUGAAAGCAGCUGCAGAUGUCUAUGGAGUCAAAAUAUUACUCAUUACAUCAUUCAAAGAUGUUCCUUCCAUUGAAGUUGUUCCUAGGUCUCAAAAACAACCUGAUAGAGUCAUUCACUUGAGCUAUCUUGCGGGGAUCCAUUUCAAUUCCAUUCACUUAAACCAAGCAUCUCUGACACAACGGGUUAAUGUUAAUAUUCCUGUUUCUCAUACGAUCUGCCGUUGA